UCUUUACCAACAAACAGACUAAAAUGACCCCGUGGGAACGAUAUAAUACAAAUGAGGAGACAAUAUUGACGAAAUAACGAAAAAAAUCCAGGUAAAGUGCCUGAAAAACUUCACAGCCCAUAUAUGAUAUGUUUUUGCAGUUUCUGUCAUACAGUGUAAUAAUUGACAGCGUUACAAUUUAUUGUUUUCCUACACAAUAGUUUAUGGCUUUGCAAGAUGUAUGCGGCUUGCAGAACCCCCCUCUGUUCCCUGAAUGGAGCGCUCCACUCUCACAGUCCUUCAUGCCGGAGGAGUCCACUCAUCUGUUCGGAAGGGGUGUUCAGCACGGAGACGCUUUCUCUACACGGCUGCCUGGGAGGGGCGCUUUGAGUCCUCUGGAAUUUUACAUGCCGAUAUCCGAAUACCUCACACAGAGCCCAAUAAACUUUGGUCAAAUUAGCCUCGCUUCGGCGCCGAAAAACCUUCUGAAUGACCAUGUCCACCCCUCGUUGCCGUCCAUCUCUCUUCCAUCACCCACACCCUACUCCAUAUCUCCCUCCGUUCCUCUACCGUUCACUCUCUCUCACGGUACCACAACUCUCGGCUUCGCGUUUCAGGGAGGUGUUAUCGCGGCUGCCGACACGCGCUCCAGCUGCUCGGGACAGGUGGCCUGUCCCAAUGCGCCGAAGGUCCUGCCCAUACACUCUCACCUGGUGGGCACCACCUCUGGGACCUCGGCGGAUUGCGCGCUCUGGAAGCGCAUCUUGUCUCGAGAGCUCAGGCUGUACCAGCUCCGACACCACCGCAGGCUGUCAACAGGGGGCGCCGCAAAACUGCUGUCCCACAUGCUGCAUCCUUUCAAAGGCACCGAGCUGUGCGUCGCAGCCACUCUGUGCGGAUGGGAUGGGGAUGGCGAGAAAGAUGAGAGUUACGCAAAAAUUAUGCCAAUCACAGUAAGCGAUUCAAGUAGCCAAUCAGCAGCAGUUUGUAAAUCUAAAUCUCAACAGGUGGUCCAAGCUCGUUCUAGGACGUGUGGCCCUCGGGUUGUGUAUGUGUGCAGUGACGGGCUGCGCCUGCAGGGGGAGCUGUUCUCUGUGGGAUCGGGCUCUCCAUACGCGUACUCGAUCCUGGACAGCGGCGUGCACUGGGGCAUGAGCGCGCAGGAGGCCGCGUGCGUCGCGCGCGAGGCCGUGUACCGCGCCACGCACAGAGACGCGUACUCGGGCAAUAACGUGGAUCUCUACCAUGUGACCGCAGAAGGGUGGAGGCGCAGAGAGAGGGAGAACCUCAAAGAGGAGUAUUACAGAGAGAAAGAGAGGGAGAGAAAGAGGGUGGCGGAGAGACAAACUGAAAAGAAAGGAGUUUAAGGAGAAACAUGAGGCAGAUUUUUUUGAAAACAUUGAUUU